CACUUCCGCCUGAUCGAGGGUCGACGAGCUGGCCAUAUCUUCGUUCGCGCACAUGCAUCCUAGGAAUGCGUAAGAGGCGGCCAUGUACGAGUUCCAAGACCCAAACGACGGACACGUCCAGUCGCUCUACGUGGAGCACGCUGAGCAGGGCAGAUUCUCGCCCCCGAGCAAGCGCCGUCGGAGCUACACCCUCAGUCCGCGAUGCCUCAUUCUCUUGGCCGCGACGGUCCUAAUCGUCGGGCUCUUCGUGGCCACCGUCGUCCUAAUAAUAGUGAGCAGGGCGAACGAGAGCGGCGACUGUAACCACGGAGACGACUUCAGUGAAGUCCAGCUAGAACUGACCCAGUUUGCCACGCGAGCUACCGAACACGUCGUCACCUUCUCGCGCACGCGCAACCGAAGUUGGUCUGGCAACCGAAGCAUUCUCGCGGACGAAGUGGCGGCGCGCGAUCGUCCGGGUCGCUCGCUCGUCGACAUUUCGUCAGCUCCAAGCGAAGGCGACGAGGUGACCAAUCCUAGGACACGGCGGUCUGGCCGUGGUCGAUCGGCGGCUUCGCGCGACGUCGUCGCCCGCCGGUAUCGCGGAGGGAAGGUGCAAGAUGUCGUGAGCCACUCGUCUAGGAAAUUCGAGUCCGAGACGAGAUGGACGGCAAGCGCGUCUCAAGACGGGCCUCUCCGAUAUAAAAGCACGGUCAUCAAGAACCUCAAAAAUGUCGUCCAGGACGUGGCAGGAAGCCCGCAAUCGCAGAAGGAUGCCGUCGAGGCCCGGAGAGUGAAAGCCAAUCCUGAACUUGCCGACACGGAAGGAUCAGCUUCCUCAGUCAAGGUCACGGCUUAGCGCAUAUUUGGAGCAGACGCCUCGACGAAGACAAGCACAGAGAUCAAAAUUUAUCCUUGCAAGUCGCCGUAACUGGGACGGCGUCCCCACAAGCCUGCCAAGGAUUGACUUCUUUUUUUCCUCAAGGUCAAUAUAUACAUAAAACGUAUGUAUCGCUCUUAA